AUGAAUAAUAUAUCCUCAAUAACUUUACUCUCUUUUCAAAAACAUCAAAUGUUUUUAUCAUCCCCAUUAACGACCAUCUUUCAACUUUCUAACGAUGUUCUAUACAUCGUUGCCAACUACUUAGAUAUUCCCUCGACUGUAGCUCUUCGCGCUACUUGUCGAAAUUUUUAUCAUCGAUUGCCAAGCUCCGUGAUAUUCUCCGAGCUCUCGGUUCCGACCAACAUGACAAACGUACAAUUAGAAAAGUUUGCGUCGUCAUCAAAUAAUCUCCGAUAUGUGCGGAAGGUUAUUGUGAAAGGAGGGUCGAGCAUCCAAGUAAAUUCUCUUUUAAGAAUUCUAAAAAGAAGCCCGGUUCAGCAGAUAUCAAUCGUUGGGUGCGAAAACUUUUCUAUUCCUGAACUAAUGAGCACUUUAGCCGAAUGGCUGCGAGACAAAUCUGGCAACUCUCCCACCAUGAGUUCCUUUAAAAAAUUUAUUUUCUCUCGUUGCAUUGGAGGACCUAGAAAUGCCCUAGCUAUAAAAAGGGCUAAUCAAGAUCUGGAGAGCAUAAAGCAAGCUCGAGGCGACGAGUCAUUCAUAUACACUCUCACGGAAUGCGACAAUAAGGAUUGCCAUCAGUGCAAGUUGAGAUGUGGCUCUUGCCAUAUCCAAUACAAUUUUUGCGAUAUGGUUUGGGUCGAUUGCAUUUGGUGCAAAAAAAAGUCUUUUUGUGGCCCAUGUGUCACAAAGGCAUCUUUAAGUGAAACUGCAAAGCCAAUCCCAUUCCAAUACAUCAAAAUAUGCACGAUCUUUGACCUAUCGUGCACCUAA